CCUGUUGGUUUGGGUGAAGUUAGCUUAGAGAUAUGGUAUUGGUGGCCUGAGGUCAUGGGAGCUAGUUUCAUCAUCGACGUGAUGAAACCACGCUGCACAAGAUCCAGUUGGAGCGCCAUGGUUGUAUAUGUAGCCGGGAAAGAUAAGCUGGUUGUCCAAGGUAUCAAGAAUUCACGUGUGGCUGAAUGUAGCAUCAUGCCCAAAUCGCAUGGCGGGCAUACUCAAAUACCGGCCUAUGGAAUUAGCGGGAAGUGUUCUGAUUUUAUCAAGGCGGCAUGGGGUUUGUCAGGGUCAUCGUCAAAGCAUCGAUCUGCAUGAGGAUAUACAGGGAGCUUUCUUUGUAUUCCGUCAAAAACAUUUGCGCUGAACUGGAGAGGGGAAUACUCAUGUGAGAUGUGACCACAACUGGUUCGGCCAAAUCAAUCCAUGAGAAAAUUUUGAUCUUCGAUAGAUAUGAAAAUACGUGGGUAUAAAUAUAAUCACAAGGA